GCCGUUGGCGGCAGGGGUCUGCCGGCCGCGUCCUCCGACUGCGUGGCCCCCAGCAGCCUCCGGCCCGCCCCGCCCCUCCGCCGCGGCGCUGCCCUCCGGCCCGCCGGGCAGGCGGCUUCCCUGCCCGGUCGCGACGGCUCCGCUAUGGGCCGCCGCUGGAGGCGUGGGGCCGCCUCGGUGAGGCGGUCGCUCCCUGCGUUUCGUGCCCGCGGCUCGUGUUGGGGUUGCGAGUGACGGGUGCUGACACGGCCGGUGUGAAGUUGCUCGGUUAAAUAAGGCCUCCUAAGAAUAACAUUCUGUAAUCUCCAAAGAUGACAGCUGUUGCAGUGCUAGAGGAGGUACUGGCUUCCAUUGAAAAUGAGCUGCAAGCAGUGGAGAUGCAGAUUCAGGAACUUGUGGAUAAACAGCAGGAACUCAUUCAAAAGAAGAUGAGAGUAAAGAGUCUGAUAAAGCAGUCCUCAGGAGACCUGGAGGCAGGUGGAAGUAAAGACAUGGAAACCUCAGCUGAGGCAUGGAACAAAAAAGAUUUUCCAUGGUAUGAGAAGAUAAAAACUGCACUGCAGGGCAAAUUUAAACUCCAGAAGUUUAGGUCCUUGCAACUUGAAACAGUAAAUGCUGCAAUGGCAGGAAAGGAUAUAUUUCUUGUCAUGCCUACAGGUGGUGGAAAGAGCCUUUGCUAUCAGUUACCAGCUGUGUGUUCUGAUGGUUUCACACUCGUGAUAUGUCCUUUGAUAUCACUUAUGGAAGAUCAGCUCAUGGUUUUGGAACAGCUUGGUAUUUCUGCAACUUUAUUAAAUGCCUCAAGCAGUAAGGAACAUGUGAAGUGGGUUCAUACCGAAAUGCUAGACAGAAAUUCACAACUGAAGCUCAUUUACGUGACCCCGGAGAAGAUUGCAAAAAGCAAAAUGUUCAUGUCAAAGCUAGAGAAAGCUUAUCAAGCAGGGUGUCUUGCUCGCAUUGCUGUAGAUGAAGUCCAUUGCUGUAGUCAAUGGGGCCAUGACUUCAGGCCUGACUACAAGUCUCUUGGUAUCUUGAAAAGACAGUUUCCCAAUGCUCCCUUGAUUGGAUUGACAGCAACUGCUACAAAUCAUGUUUUAAAGGAUGCUCAGAAAAUUUUGCAUGUUCAGAAGUGCAUUACUUUUACUGCUUCUUUCAACCGGCCCAAUCUUUACUAUGAGGUUCGUCAUAAGCCUUCAAAUAAUGAAGAUUUCAUUGAGGACAUAGUUAAGAUCAUUAAUGGAAGAUACAAAGGACUCUCAGGAAUUGUUUAUUGUUUUUCUCAGAAGGAUUCUGAGCAAGUUACUGUGAGUUUGCAGAAACUGGGAAUCAAGGCAGGGACUUACCAUGCAAACAUGGAUGCUAAAUGUAAGACCAAAGUUCAUAAAGGAUGGGCAGCAAAUCAAAUCCAGGUUGUGGUGGCGACUGUUGCUUUUGGCAUGGGAAUUGAUAAACCUGAUGUGAGGUUUGUAAUUCAUCAUUCUAUGAGCAAGUCCAUGGAGAACUACUACCAAGAGAGUGGACGUGCAGGUAGAGACGACCAAAAAGCUGACUGCAUUUUGUACUAUGGCUUUGGAGAUAUAUUCAGAAUCAGCUCAAUGGUAGUGAUGGAAAAUGUAGGGCAAGAGAAGCUGUACGAUAUGGUGUCUUACUGCCAGAAUAUGAGCAAGUGUCGCCGAGUCCUCAUAGCCCAUCAUUUUGAUGAAGUAUGGGAUUCUGCAAACUGCAACAGAAUGUGUGAUAACUGCUGUAGAGAGAGCUCAUGUGAGAAAAUGGAUGUAACAGGUUACUGCAGGGAUCUAAUCAAGAUACUUGAACAAGCUGAAAACAUGAGUGAGAAACUCACCCCACUGAAAUUAAUCGAUGCAUGGUCUGGGAAAGGUGUAUCAAAAUUCAGGGUGGCUGAAGUUACUCCACCAAAGCACCCUCGAGAGGAACUGGAGAGAAUUAUUGCCCAUUUACUGCUGCAGCAGUAUCUGAAGGAAGACUUCAGCUUCACGGCAUUCGCUACAAUAUCCUACCUGAAGAUAGGACCAAAAGCAGGUCUGCUGAAAAACGAGGCACACGUCAUAACUAUAGAAGGGAUAACAAAAAAGAAAAGUGUUUACAAGGACAAACCAUCUCAAUCUUCGAAUUCAAAAGGAAGCAGAGAAAAUGCUCAGAGUAUUUCAAAGACUGUGCAGGACUCAGUGGUGAAGAAGGCACAGGAACAUAAACGGCCUAACUGUGGUUCGAACUUAAAAGCAAAGAAGCUUAAGCUUCAGGCAGGUGGAGAUGACCAACCAGUGGUUCUUGACUGAGUUUCACAGACUACAUUUAGGAUCUAAUCAUGUUUGGUUCUCCAUGGACAACGCAGUGUGGCGGUCUCCCUGCGAUCCGGACAAGCAGAUCCCUGAACAAGCUGAAAUCUGCUCUUCUGUGAGGUCCAGGGUAGUGGUUCUACUGUAUCUUCCUCACUUCUCUGUCAAGUUUAAAAUUCUGAAUCACACAGUCACUAAGCAACAUCUGGGAUCUGGGCACCUAGUAAGAAACAAACCUGUCAAUGUCUCCAAGUCAGGUUGGCAAUGAGGGCCUCUGUCCCCCACAGGAGGGAUUCUCUGGUAACUCUCAUCUUCCUUUUCUUCAUUGUGUGAACACUUGGCUCAGGGUCAGCUGGCAUUGAUGCAUCCCUCGGUGGAGUUCAUCAUCCUUGUCCUUCUCAGGGCACUGUACCUACUCUGUAAUAGCAGAACUGCAGGUGGAAAAGGAGUCCUUGUGUGUUGCUGGAAACAAGAGGUUUCCAGCCUUCCCUCCUGUGGGAGUCUCCAUCUACUGCUCCUGUGAGGGUAGUCUCGAGGUCUUAGCAGCACAGGACUCGGGUGGUCCUUAGCUUUGCAGCAUCUCUGUGAAGACCCUGUCACCUCCUGUUCCUCCUCCUGGCUGCUACACAGGCAGCUCACCUCCGCCUGCAGCUCCUUCACCUGGUGACUUGGCCCUGCAACCAGAGGACAGCUCCCACCGGUGAGGCUGCUGUGGCCAGCCCCAGGGAGAGACAUCAGGCAUCCGAGAGCUGGGCUGCUGCAGCGCCCUUCCUCUGGAGCCAUGGGUGGGUCAAAGCCUCUGCUGUGCCGGGGCGGCUGUUCCAGCCCACGUGGAUGUCCCCAUCACUGUAGUUUUGAGCAGAGAGAUGUGGCCUGUUUCUGCAAUACUUACACCUACUGCAGCGUAUUUGAGUACCUGAGUGUACUUAAUCGAAGAAUUUCAACAGGGCAUUGUUGCAACAUUGCACUACUUCUGACUUGUAGAGAUUUUUGUGAAAUAUUAUAUGUAUUUAUCCCUUUAAAAUAUGUCUGUUGCUCUUAGAACUGGAUUUCUCUAGCUUUUUAUUCAAAUAGAAAACUACCACUUAUGUGCUUUUCAGAAGUACCUAAAUUUAUGUGUAAAAACAAGACAACUCUUGAUCUCAGCUCUUCCCUUUGUAAAAGUUGUACUUUAUUUGGGAAAUAUAGAAAAAAUGCCACUCAAGAAAUACUUAGCGCUCUCUUUUCUUUUCCCCUUCUUCCCCUGUUGAAUUGGCUUAUAUUCCAACUACAGAUCUGUAUUCUAAUUAGCACUGAGUCUUGGUCAUCCUAAGAAAUAUUCUUCUGUUCUAUAAGCACUAGAACAUGACUGCAUUGAAAGUUGCGUACUUUAAGCCCUAAAUGUGGGCUACAUUAAACUUAAAUCUUUCCGUUUCUGAAUUCUAGUCUCUUAACUUUGCUACUCCACCUAUCCAUUUGCUUAUGUUCCUGUUGUUUGUGGAGAUGAGAAAGCAACUAUAGGAGAGUAUCGCUGCUGGCCUGGGGCUUAAACUAGUGCAUCUCCACCAUUUCAAAGAGCAGCCUGUCUCUUUUGACUCGCCUGUGAUUCCUUUCACAUAACGUCUUGGUCUGUCAAGGUAAGAGCAAGCCAGUGCUUACUGCUGCAAAUGUUCUUACCUCAUCCCACAAAGCUGAGAGGCUGAUGGCAAUUAAAUACCUGUCUGGGUGAACACUGAGUGUGUUUCUCCAUAAUACAGACGUUCAAUGCAAGCUUAGUCAAAACUAUAAUAGUUGAGAGAAGAAAGAUGAUAAAAAUCACUCAGGAUUACAAACUAAGAGUAGAGCAGAAGUUGUUUUUAAGACGUUUCACAAGUGGGAAUUUGGCAAUUCAGAAAUUAUGGUCGAAUUUUAAUUUUGAGGUUUAGAAUUAGAUUGAAACUGGUACUUUUCUGCCUUUCUAGCAAAAAAAAAUAAAAUUAUUCGAAGCUGAACACUCUCAGGACCUGAGAUUGAACAUGGGAAGACCUUAGUGUCCUAGGUGCAAAGGGAUAGACGAUAAAAAGAAUGCUUGAGCUAUUACCUUGGUAAGUUUGGAAAAACAUGAGCUGCUACUGCAAUCCUAGCGUUUGGUACCCAACAAGGCCUUUUGCUGCUACUGAGUGGUCCUUUCCUUGCCCCUCAGGGUUCUGAUUUCCCCUCUAACUUCUUCUAAACUAGAAGAUGAUGUAUAUUAAGCCCCCAAUUCGAGGACUGUAAAAUACUGCUGGGAUAAAUUCAGUCACCAGCAACUGACCCUUAUUAACUCUUUUGAGACUGAUCUCAACCUAGAACCAUGUGACCUCCCUUCUCUCACAUGUACUUCAAGAAGUUGCUAGAACACUACUGCCAUCUUAAUAUCUACAUUUGACUAAUUAUAUAAAAGGAAAAGCUUCAUAAUAAUGGCACAUUUUCAUACAGUAAGUAGACUUGAGGAAAGUGAUACUCUUUUCCAAAUAAGGAGCAAACCGCCUGGCUUAGCACUGCUCCACAUUCAGACAACACAGAAUCACAGAACAGCCCAACUGGGAAGGGACCUUGAAAGAUGUGAUCCAACCUCUUGUGGGAAAGGGAGCCUAGAGGAGAUUGUCAGCACCCUGUCCAGUUGUGUCUUGACACCCUCUGUGAUGAGGACUCUACCACUGCCCUGCAGGGGUUGUACCAGUGAUUGAUUGUUCUCACUGUAAAAACUUUCUUCCUUAUGUUGAAAUAAACCUGAAGGAAUGCUUGAA